AUGGAUGCGGGCGAGGGGCGGCCGCAGCCCCAUCUGGCCGCGCUGGUGCUGGCGCGGGGCGGCAGCAAGGGGAUUCCGCUGAAGAACAUCAAGCUGCUGGCAGGGGUGCCGCUCAUCGGCUGGGUGCUGCGCGCCGCCAUCGACGCCGGCGUCUUCCACAGCAUAUGGGUUUCCACAGACCAUGAUGAGAUCGAGAAGGUUGCAAAGCAAUUUGGUGCUAAGGUCCAUCGCAGAAGCCCUGAAGUCUCGCAAGACUCCUCAACUUCUCUAGAAGCCAUCACUGAGUUUCUCAAUCACCAUCGUGAGGUUGAUAUUGUGGGAAAUAUUCAAGCAACAUCUCCCUGUUUACAUCCCAGUGACCUCAUAAAAGUGGCAGAUCUGAUCCAGAAGGAAGGGUUUGAUUCCGUCUUCUCUGUUGUGAGGCGCCAUCAAUUCAGAUGGAGUGAGGUAAAGAAAGGAGACAACAAGAUGACAGAACCCCAAAACUUGAAUCCAGCAAAGCGCUACCGGAGGCAAGACUGGCCUGGGGAGCUCUAUGAAAAUGGCUCAUUUUAUUUUGCCAAGAGGCAUCUGAUUGAGAAGGGCUACUUGCAGGGUGGUAAAAUGGCCUACUAUGAAAUGCGUGCAGAACACAGUGUGGAUAUUGACAUAGACAUUGACUGGCCUAUUGCAGAGCAGAGAGUGUUGAGCUUUGGAUAUUUUGGCAAAGAGCCACUAAAAGAGGUGAAGCUCUUGGUUUGCAGUAUUGAUGGAUGCCUGACCAACGGUCGCAUUUAUGUGACAGAAGAUCACAAGGAAAUGGUCUCCUAUGAUUACAGAGAUAUUGUUGGCAUUGAUCUGUUAAAGAAAAGAGGAAUCCAGGUUCGACUCAUCUCUGACAGAGAUUGUUCAAAAACACUGUCAGCCAUGCAGCUGGGAUGUGUAGCAAAAGUCAAUGUAACAAAUAAACUACAAGUUCUGAAGGAUUGGCAGGAAGACAUGGGUUUGAGCUGGAAAGAGGUGGCUUACUUAGGGAAUGAGGAGUCUGAUGUGGAGUGCCUGAAGCAGGCAGGCAUGAGUGGUGUGCCUGCUGAUGCCUGUGCUGCUGCUCAGAAGGCUGCUGGUUACAUCUGCAAGAGCAGAGGUGGCUGUGGAGCCGUGCGGGAGUUUGCAGAGCACAUAUUCCUUCUCUUAGAGAAAGUGAACUCUGCAAGGAAGCAACUGGAAGAAAUCAGCUCAGCAGGGAAGGAGAUGGGGAGAAAUGAGAACAGCAGGAAAGGAAAUAAAGAACUGAUGGAAAAAGAGUAACGCCACUGGUCAAUCCUGCUUUUCUUCCUCAGUACAUCCGUAUCCCAAAGGAAUGCUUACCUUUCAAAUUUUACAGCACAGUAGAGUUAAAAAGGUAUCUCCCUCUAAUUCCAGGUCCCAUAUAAUCAUAAUUAAUUAUUGUAUGCUGAUCAUAUCCAUGAUGAUUUUAAAAGCCAUUUAAAUGAAAUGGGAGGAACACUACAAAAGAGAAUGCCCUUUAA